AUGAGGAGCAGGAGGACGUGGGGGAGAUGGGAUCGGCCGGCAGAUCUAAUGAGGCGCAGAUCUAAGAAGGAGGACGUGGGGGAGAUGGGAUCGGCCGGCAGAUCUAAUGAGGAGCAGGAGGACGUGGGGGAGAUGGGAUCGGCCGGCAGAUCUAAUGAGGAGCAGGAGGACGUGGGGGAGAUGGGAUCGGCCGGCAGAUCUAAUGAGGAGCAGGAGGACGUGGGGGAGAUGGGAUCGGCCGGCAGAUCUAAUGAGGAGCAGGAGGACGGUGGGGGAGAUGGGAUCGGCCGGCAGAUCUAA